UGGCAUGUUGUUAGAGCGGCACCAAAAUCAGUGCCCUUGCUUUCAAGGCUUCCGUCUUCCAUAACCCCUCUUCACCUCCAAAACCCCUUUUAUAAAACGCCCACGCACAAAGGCCUCCUCAGCUUCCCCUCACGGACCCCCUUAGAGAUUUGUUGGAAUUCAGUCAUGGGUAUGGUGGGGAGAGGCUUCUCUUUGCUUUUGCUGGUGGCUGUAGCUACUCUGCAAGUCUCCUUUGCAGCUGUUUACAAGGUUGGGGACUCUUCUGGUUGGACCACCAUCGGCAAUGUCGACUACAAGAAGUGGGCUUCUACUAAGACCUUCCAUGUUGGCGACAUCAUCCUUUUUCAGUACAAUGCUCAGUUUCACAAUGUGAUGCAUGUUACACAUCCUGCAUACCAAGCAUGCAACGCAACAAACCCUCUUGCCACCUUCACCACUGGUAAUGAUUCCUACACCGUCUCAACUCAUGGUCAUCACUACUUCCUUUGUGGCGUCCAAGGGCACUGCCAAGCUGGACAGAAGGUUGACAUAAAUGUGGCUGGAGCAUCGUCAUUACUGGCUCCAACUCCUCAAGCAACACCCUCUCCUGUAUCAUCAGCCACUUCUUCAACUCCUCCUACGGCUAUACCUUCGCCUUCUCCCAGUGACUCGCCUCCAUCGAAUGCUUUGAUGGGUCUUUUGUGUAAACUUGGGUUUGCUAUGUCUGUAUUUGUGGUUUUUGUUUCUACCUAUGCUUGAUAAGGAGUAUCUUAUUGUGUUUAGUUUUGAGUAUUCUGGAGUCUUGUUGCUUUUGAGGGACUUAUUGGAAUGUUGCAUAAUGAUCAGAUGAUAUGAUAUAGGAAGUUUAUAUUUCGAAAUUAGGAAGAGUAUUUCCAAUAAUUGUACUUGAAACUUGUUAGUACAUGUUUCCAAUAGCAUGGUUCUAUUUGAUAUUGUUA